AUGGGCUUCAUGGCUGGAUUUUUCGGCGGCUUCACCCUGACAGCAUCAGUCCUCUACCUAAGCGUCCAAGUCCAUCGCUCAACCCGCCUAGCGCAACGAGAUGCCAUACGUGAACAGGUCGAAAUCUUGAACGAUAUCUCCUCGCCUUUAGGUGCCUACUAUCGCAGAUUCGGCCAAGAAAACGAUUUGCAAAAGUCAGCAAUCGCGCCACUACCACCACCACCACAAAAGAAACCUUCCGCGGAGGAACUACUCAAGCAACAAUGGAAUAAAGAAGUAGAGGCAUUGGCGAAGAAGACUGUCACUUUACGUUGGCAGGAUGUCACCAACACGGCCACAGAGGUGGCUAGGGUGAUAUCAGACUUGGUGAAACGGCAAUGA